AUGUCAUCUAAUUCGCAUCCAUCAUUUCGGACUUAUUUCAAUGAUAAAGUUAAAAAGAAACUUAAAUCUAAUAUUACAUCAUCUAUUCGUGAACGUUUAAUAUCAAAUGAAACAUAUCAUGAUGUGCGUGAUAAAUAUCGUAAUUUCACUGAUAUUGCAAAGAAUCGAACGGGUUUUGAUAAAUUAUUGAAUAAAACAAAAGAUCUUUUGCCUGGUGUAUUUUCAUCGAAACGUAAUGAAACACUUCCAAAAGGUUUUUAUGAUUCAUUGUUUAGUCCAGAAAGUGCAGAAGAUGUUUAUAUAAAAGUAGCACUUAUAUGUUUAUGGAUUAUUGCAAUAUUAUGUAUUAUACCAACAAUUAUUACAAUAUUUAUACCAAAUAAAAAUAAACAAACUAAGACAAAUGGUGUUAAAAUGAUUUUUUUCCAUGUUUUUUUAUGUGAAUUUUUUUAUUUAAUUUAUAUUUUGUUAUCAAUGAUUAAUGUGGCACAAACAAAUCAAUUAAAUUCUUUUAUGUGUCAAUUUGCUAAUUAUGGUAUGUAUGUAACAAUUCCAAUUAUGCAUUUUGCUUUACUUUUUCUUUCACUUGAACGAAUAACAAAACUUUGUAAAACUACAAUGACAUGGACUAAAAUAUUUACAAACCCCUGUUUGAUUCAAGUUAUUUUAUUUGUUAUUUGGUUUAUAUUUACUGCUAUUAUUUUAGCGAUACUGUUUUCAAAAAAUUUAUUUAGUUUUAAAUCUAUUGUGAAUAAAGUAACUGAUAUUGCUCCACCAUUAUUACAUGAUAUUACUAAAAAAAUUCAAUCACCAUAUCGAUGUUCAAUUGAUGGUCGUUUAUCAUCCGUAUUUAAAAUAUUAUUUAUUAUUUUAUUUGUUAUAUUAAUUGUAUUAUUUAUUAAAUCAAUGAUAGUUUCAAUAUGUUAUAGUUUCUUUACACCGACAUGCUGUAAAUCAGAAGGAAAAAAAACAAAACAGAAUGAUCUUCAUAUAACAUUAUUAUAUGUUAUAUUUCUUUUACUAAAUCUAUUCUUUUCGUUUCCAUUUUAUUUCGUGUCAAUGGCUCAAAGUAUAUUAACACAUUUCAGUUCAACGAAAGAUACAUUUUCAAUGUCAUUAAAAAUAUGUUUUCUAUUACGUAUAUCAAGUAUUAUAUUACAAUGUUUAGCAUUUUCUACAAUUGAAAGCAAUUCAUGGCAUUUAUUAAGUCGUUUAUUAUAUCGUAGUACAUGUAAAAAAAUUCCUGCAUUAAAUCAAGGUUUUGUUUAUACAGAAAAGUCGAAGAGUACUAAAAAAGGAUCAAAUGAAGAUGUUUAUCAUCAUAGUUAUAAUCUUGGAGAUGUAGUUACAAAUGAUACUGAGAAUGAAGAUGUUGAUAGUGAUAAUCAUGGAGUUAGAUCUAUCGAUAAAAUUGUUGACGAAGAUGAUGAUGAUGUAUUUUUGCCGGGACUAGUAAUUAAGCCACUAAAUACGAAAAAAUCUGAGAGAAAAGUCGAACCUUCCACUGAUCAAGAUGAUACUGAUGAAGAAAAACGAAUAACGAAAAGAUCCACUGGAACAAAAAAUAUUAACAACAAUUCUCGUCAAAAUCGCAAUAAAAGUGAAGAAGAAGAAGAACGAGUACCUUUGAAAAAUAAAACAACAAAAUCUAGUAUUAACAAUAGCACUUCAAAACAAAUGUCAAAUAAGAAAUCUACUUCUCAACCCACACCAUCAACUUCAAAUAAUAUUAAAGCAGCCAAAUCAAGCACCGAUCGACCUAUUCCUAAACAUCAAUCCGUUCAACGUCCUUCAUCAUUAGAUGAUAUUUCAAAUGCUAGUGUUGAUUCUGAUGAUAAGAUCAAACCAUAUAGUACAAAAUCGCAAGCACAGGCAGCAACUGAUUCUUCUUUGAAUCAAGAAAAACGUACUACAACUAAACUAACAAAUGAACAUCGUCCUCCUCGUCAACAGUAUCGAAAGAAACAUCCACAAGUUUCUCGACCAGCAUCUACUACAUCAGUUAGCCGUUCUCAAAGGAAAACAUCAAAAAAACGAUCAACUUCACCAAGAACUGUUCGUAAACAUUCAACAAAGUCGAAACAUCAGCGAAGUAAAAUUCAUGAUAAUUCUGACGAAGUUUAA